AUGGCUGAGACGCCCAGUACAAGCACAACAUACGCCCAUGCCGGCGGCUUCAUCCCGCCCUCGCAGACACUCCCCUCGCCCGCGCCCAGCUCGGCAUCCAGCCGCGUGGCCGCUCGUCUGCCGCACCAGCGGUCGAAGCCACUGAUCCCGGGUUCCCGCAAGGAAGACUACGCGCGGGACUAUGUCGCCCAGAGGCUCUUGCACAUCUCGCGACGGUAUGUCAAGAAGCAUGGUAUACCGGACCCGGCGGAUCUGGUCAGCGGAUACAAGGGCAUGGACGAGGUGUGUCGCGAUCUAGAGGAGGUCAUUGACGUCCUGUGGUUCUCAGGAACGCCCAGCCUCCAGAUCCCGUACCUCCUCAACGUCGCGCUCGCAUUCAACACCUACCUCCCGUCCUUCACGCCCUCGCCGCGUCCCACGUUCGCCCUCCUUAAGAAGCUGGACCACUGCUUCGCUAGCCUGCUGGUCGGCCACGACGUCAAGACAUGGACUCCGCUGCCCGGCUUCCAGCAGCGCGGUCUCAGCGCCGGGCUCUCAAAGACCGAGAUGGUCCGGUGCAAGAGCCUCGCCGACGAGACGCGCAUGCUGGUCGCGGUGGUUAUGAGUGGCGAGGCGGACGUUGAGGACUACGAGGAGGAAGACGAGGACAACAUGACGGCGAAUGCGCCGCCUGCGAAGCCGAGGACUGAGGCGAGAAUGGGUCCGCCGCAGACACAUAAUAAUGAGAUCGAGACGGUCAAGACGGAGGAUAUGGAGGAAGACGAAGAUGAUUACAACAUUGACUCGGAUUCAGGCAUUGAUAAGGGAGGCGCACGACCUUCUACAAAACGGAAGCCCGAUGCUGCUGACCUGCCGGACGAGCACGCAGAGAGGAAACGGAUCAAAGUCGAGGAGGGCGAGGACGCCGGUCCGGUCUUCGGUGAUGCGGCGCACGCUGACGAGAGCACGGAGCCCGUCAACGGAUCAAGUGCCAGCGGCUUAAACAGCGGGGACGGCGGACAGUUCCAUUGGGCUUUGGAUGACGAUUCAGACGACGAGGCACUUCCGAAUACCACUGGCGCGACUAGACAGGAAGAUGAGGAGCAGACAGUAGCCGCUGACGAUGAUAAUGAUGAUCAGCGUAGCGAGGUAGAUGAGGAGGAGGAGGAACUGCAUCUGAACGUCGCGAGGGUGUACGAGAAGACCUUGGUGCAACUAGGGCCAACCAGACGCGGCGAGAGCACCUUUGUCGACCAUGGAUUCAGCGAGCGCUUGGUGCGGUGGCAUAGCGCUGGGGCUUGA